UGUCACUCGCUACUGCACUGGUGCACAUUGUCACAUGUUUUAGCUGGUAUUUUAUUGUUGUAAGUGGAUUACUGCAUGCACGUCUGCAAAUGGCUGAAGCAAGGAGCGCUGUGUCCGAGCCAAGGGUUGGCAGGAUAGAAGAGGGACGUAACCCGAAAGAGGAUUUCUUGCUCGGUCUUCGGGCGUACGUUAUCCGGAGAUUCUUCAGAAUCAGGAACUCUAUAAAGAAUGGCAUGUGGCCAACAAAGUUAUGGAACCUGGAAGUUCUGAUUGGUCUGUUGUCCAUCUUGCUCGUUACUGACUGGUCAAUAGCUCAGCCAAUCACAGCAAAGCUUCGCUGGAUGGAAGAAUGUUUACAUAUACCAAAAGAAUGGCCAUUGUUAGUUAGAAGUCUGUUGACGUCAUGUGUAGCAGGAUUUGUGUUCUUCAUUAUAUUGUUGUAUAUACGUAGAUACUCACUCAGGAUUCUUCUCUCAUACAGAGGCUGGAUGUAUGAACAGCCCAAAACUCAGGCAUUAUCUACAGUGGUUUGGGGACUGCUGGUAAAGCUGGUCAGCGGAAGUCAUCCAUCUUUGUAUGGCUGUCAGCAGAGUCUUCCAAAACAGCCAGUUCCUCCUCUGAAACAGACGUUAAAAGGUCUGAUUGAGUCGUUGAAGCCACUGUAUGGGGAAAACUCAGAAAUUAUUCAAGAUCUCAAGAAAGAAUCAAAAGAAUUCCAGAAGACAUUGGGACCAAAAUUACAGAGAAUUUUAUACCUAAAGUCGUGGUGGGCUCAGAACUAUGUGACAGACUUUUGGGAGAAGUAUGUGUAUUUGAUGGGGAGAAGUCCUUUACCAAUAAACAGCAAUUAUUACAUAAUGGACCAAAGUUUUGGACAGCCUACAACAAACCAGGUGGCACGGGCAGCUAAUGUCAUGUAUCAGUUUAUGUUGGUGAAACAGAAGAUAGACCGGGAACAAGUGGAGCCAUUGCUCAUACGUAAUACUAUUCCAAUCUGCAUGAGCCAGUAUGAGAGAGUUUUCUCUACAACAAGGGUACCAGGCGAGGAAAUGGACACACUUGUUCAUUAUGAAUCUUCAGAAUCAAAGUUCGCUAUCGUAAACAGAAAAGGUAUAUUCUAUAAGCUGGACAUGUAUGAUAGCAAUAGAAAACUGGUCUCUGCGGUCAGUCUGCAAAAGCAACUACACUGGAUAAUGCAAGAUGCUGAAAAACAUAUAGAAAGUUACAGCGAGUCUGAGAGAAGCCUGGCAGCACUGACUGGUACAGAAAGAAAGGAAUGGGCAAUUUUGAGGAAACAGUAUUUUAUGGAUGGAGUAAAUGCAGACUCACUGGCGCUGAUGGAAAAAGCCUUGUUUCAUGUUUGGCUUAGUGACGAUGUUAAUAAAGACUUCUCUUCAAGGGCCAGGCAUUUAUUCGUUGGUGAUGGGAAAUCAAUAUGGUUUGAUAAAUCUUUAACGCUGAUAAUUUCUCGUGAUGGCAGGUUUGGGUUAAAUGGUGAGCAUUCCUACGCUGAUGCACCGGUCAUUGGUCACAUCUUAGAAUACAACUACACAUAUGAAGCCGUCCACGGGUUGAUUUCUGAACCAAUUGACCUGAGAGACUGCGACCUUGACACACUGCAUGAAUCUAAAAAUAGCUCGGGUAGUUCACUUAGUAGACCAGCAAGGCUAAUAUGGAACAUUCCUGAAAAUCUAACCCGAUGUAUCGGCAUGGCUCAUAAAAAAUUGCUUCAGGCAAUGGAUGAUAUAGAUCACAGGGUUGAAGGGUUUUUCAACUAUGGCAAAGGGUUCAUUAAAACAUGUAAGGUGAGCCCCGAUGCAUUUAUACAGAUGGCUCUCCAAAUCACGUAUUACAAAAACGCCGGCAAACCGUGUCUUACGUACGAAUCUUCAAUGACACGGUUGUACCUGAUGGGAAGAACAGAGACUGUUAGAUCGCUGACGCUAGAGUCUGCUGCUUUUGUAAAGGCAUUCUUAGACAAGACAAUUGACAAGUCUGAGAAGAUUCGACUGUUACGAAAAGCGUGCGAAGUGCAUGCCAAAAUGUACAAAGAUGCGAUGAAUGGUAAAGGCAUUGAUAGGCAUUUAUUUGCCCUGUAUGUAGUCAGCAAAGGUCUUGACUAUGACUGUCAUUUCCUAAAGAAAUGUUUGAGCAUUCCAUGGACACUGUCAACCAGCCAGCAACCACAGCAGCAACUAGCAUCCUCACCAAGCUGUGAUAUACCUGAGUACAGAGAUAUGGUCAGUCCAGGUGGAGGGUUUGGCCCGGUAUCCGACGACGGGUACGGAGUGUCAUACAUGAUUCCUGGAGAUUUCAAGUUCUUCUUUCACGUCUCAUCGAAAAAAUCCUCGAAAUGCACAGACUCCACUUUAUUCAUGACUCAACUGUUUGAAACCCUCGACGAAAUGAAAGAUCUCUUUGAAAACAACGCAAGUUAACAAAAACUUUAGUUUCUAGGGUUACCAGUAUGUUGUUUUAUUACAUUUUGUCUCAUUGUCAGAAUUCUUAUACAGUUUGUUAGUUUUAUUAACUUAUGCACAUUUUAUUCCCAACAUUCCACACUUUUAAAGGGGCAUGCUUCAAGAGGAAGAUUAAAUUUCAGUUUUUAAAACAAAUUUUAUAACAGAUAUUGUAACACCAAAAAUCACUGUUGUAAGUAGUUGAUAUUUUACAAGUUAGGUAUACUGUUGGUUUAAACAGUAUUUAUUGAUAUACAGUCAAUAUUGUGGAUGCGACCACGUGUCCUCAACGACCAUUUGUCUUUAACGACCACUUUGAAUUCCCCCCGAACAAUUUUACUAUUAAAAUAUUUGUGCUAAACGACUUUUGUCUAACGCGACCAGCGACCGCUGAUUUUCGGCAAAAUUGACUGACCU